UUAGUCCUAACAAGCCUUUAAUCCUACCAUUGGGGAGGCAGAGGCAGAGCCAGGAAGAUCUCAAAGUUCGAGAUCAGCCUGGUCUACGACUAACAUUAGAUACAGUAAGGCGACUGUCACAGAGUAAGUACAGAAAACAGGAAUAACAGCAGUUUAAAUGGUUCCCAUACUAAAAUUCUGUAGAACUUUUUUAGCUGCGUGACCCAAUUAGUGAUUUUCUAUUCUAUUCAUUAAAAGAUCUUCCAAGUAAAAUAACAUCAUCAUAUACAAGAUGCUAACAGAAAAAAACGUAAAUGAGGGGAGAAUGACGAGAUCUGCUUCCUUUCCACUUAUAUUCCUGUACUGUUUAACUUUUCUCGUUUAAAAAGAAUGUGCCAUAUUAAGAGAUGGAAGAGAUUUGCUCAUAUGAAAUGAAUGAGCCGCUAGGCUUCUGCGCUGCUGAGGGCCCCUCCCCACCUCCCCGCCGCAGGCACUUCCGCCUGACGCUUCCUGUUUUCACUCCGGUCCGCAAGUUCCCUAUAAGAGGGAACUGUUAUUCCUGGAGAGCCAUCUGUUUCUACUCAGGACAGUACAUUAUUGUUGUGACUAUGUCUGGCCGAGGCAAGGGCGGGAAGGGCCUGGGCAAAGGCGGCGCCAAGCGCCACCGCAAGGUCCUCCGCGACAACAUCCAGGGCAUCACCAAACCCGCCAUCCGCCGCCUGGCCCGGCGCGGAGGAGUGAAGCGCAUCUCCGGCCUCAUCUACGAGGAGACCCGCGGUGUGCUGAAGGUGUUCCUGGAGAACGUGAUCCGCGACGCCGUCACCUACACGGAGCACGCCAAGCGCAAGACCGUCACCGCCAUGGACGUGGUCUACGCGCUCAAACGCCAGGGCCGCACGCUCUACGGCUUCGGCGGUUAAGCUACUCAUGCUCUCACUGCUAUUAAAUAAAGGCCCUUUUUAGGGCCACCA